GCGCGUUUGACGUAGAUGUGGGAGUGUUUCCAUCAUAAGAAAUGAACUGCAAUCGGCUUAAUGCUUUCAGCGCUCGCGCUGUGGCAGACAUUUUUUUCCAGGAGAGACCGUUCUGAUGUCUCCAAAGAGCAAAGGAAGCCACAACUAAUGGUCGAUUUUAAGGUGUGUGGUUCACAAAAGAUGACCCUGAUCUGUAAGUCUGAUAUGGUGGCACUGAUGCGCUGAGCUGCGAGCCGCAGAAGGCUCAGGUCGCAGAAUGAGGCGAGGGAGUAGCCUGCAGAGUCGACGCAGCAAAGUGGUGAAGGACUCUACCAAAAGCAGUUCCCAUGAUGCACCGGUGCAGUCCACCCGGCCACGUUCCUCCUCGACUGACAGUGCGUGCAGCCCCAGCCUGACUGACACACUGCUGGUCCCCAGUGACGAGGCAGAUCGGCUGGAGCGACCCGAUGCGAGUGGCCUGGCCCCGUUCCCCAGCCUCCCAGGCAGUGGCGCUAACGGCUUGCCACACCUAGAUGACAGCAUUGAUGGCGGCACUCUCGACCCUAGGCGCUCCCGGAGGGUGGUGGCCCAGUUGCGACAGAAGAUCCUUAAGCUGACUGAGCAGAUCAAGGUGGAGCAGGCCGCACGUGACACCAAUGUGGCCGAGUACCUGGAGCUGGCACAUGGGGCGGCUGACCGGCAGCAGGCCGCGCGCAUCAAGCAGGCCUUCGAGAAGAAGAACCAGAGGUCUGCGCAGGGCCUGCAGCAGCUGCAGAGCAAGUUGGAGCGCUACCACCGCAGGCUGUGCGAGGCGGAACGAAGUGGCACAGCCCGCCAGCCCAAUGACCCUCCGCUGGGCCUCAGGGAUGCAAGUGCCAGGGCAGCAGGUGGCAGCAGCUCCCAGGUCACCACAACGACCAAGGCCAAGGAGAACGCCUUGCUCAUUCAAGACAAGUUCAGCAGCAUCGACAACAUCGCCACUUUGAAGGACGCCCCUGAGGAAAGUAAGGUCGAAGAGGGGGCCGCUGCCAUAUCCCCCCGGCCUGGCCCUUCCUACGAUAGCGAGGACGACUGUUCCAGUGCCACAUCUGGAUCUGCGGGGGGAGCUGACAGCACUACAGGCCCCAAGGCAUACGCACAGAUCAGUGCUCCGGGCCUGGCCUUUGAAACACUGCUCCACGAGGUACGGGAGGUGCGGGAUGCCCAGGGCCGGCUGGUAGAGUCCCUGGAGAACCUGAAGGCCCACUACCAUCGAGACUACACCUUCAUCAUGCAGGCACUACAGGAGGAACGUUACAGGUGUGAACAUCUGGAGGAGCAACUGAACGACCUGUCGGAAUUACACCAGAAUGAGAUUUUCAUCCUGAAACAAGAGCUGGCCAGCAUGGAGGAGAAGGUGGCCUAUCAGUCCUAUGAACAGGGCCGUGAUGUCCAGGAGGCGCUGGAGGCCUGUCAGACCCGUGUGUUUAAGAUGGAGCAGCAGCAGCACGUGGCUCAGCAGGAGGACCCGGACAGAGCUGCGGCACGGACACUCCUGGGAAAGCUGGUCGGUGCGCUGCUGGUUGCCAUGACAACUGUGGCCGACUGCCUGCCGCCCCUCCUGCAGACUUUCGGUCACUCCAGCUGCGCACUCUGCCUCCUCCUCCUGCUAGCCCUGCUCUGGAGGGGUUGGGACUUUACUUCAGAAGCAUGAAGCCCCUCUUUGCGAUGCCUGAGAUGACCAGGACUGGCUGUUAUUUAAGAAGGGAAAGAUGGUGACAGUGGAAUCUGGUGACAUCCUACUAAUUUUUCAAGAAGUGAUUUGUUUACAUUUAGGAGAGGACGGUUUUUAUUACUAGUUUAGUGACACUGUUUAUUAUAAUUAUUGUGUUGAAACUGAUUAUGUGGAAGGUUCCUUUUUUCCACCCACUUCUGUAUGUCGCCACCCUUAAGUUCUCGUUUGCCAUAUAUUUCCUGUUCCCUUUUUGCCCUCUUCUAUUAUUUUGCCCUCCAUCUUCCUGCACCUCUUUUUCUCUUCCCUCCCGUCUUAGCAGAAGGAGCCAGCAGCUUUGCUGGGGCAAUGGGGCGAAUUCCAGGCGGUGGUCGCUGUUACAGCAGGAGGACAGGAAUGACACGUGAAACCUACUUGAAGAGCAGAAUGCUCACUCUAUGCUUCCUGUCAGAUAGCCCUUUUAUUUUUUUAAGAAUAAACCUGCUGUUGUUUUUACUUGAAA